CAGCAUCAACGGUCUAUAUAUAAGACGGACUACCCAUCUAACAUCCAUCAACAACAACACUCUGCAUUAACAGGAUAACAUGUCCACCCACGUCGCCAUCAUCGGCGCCGGCCUCUCAGGCCUAACCCUCGCUCUAGCCCUGCAUCAACAAUCCAUCCCCUGCACUCUCUACGAAGCGCGCUCAGCCCCCCUCGACAUCGGCGGGGCAGUAAUGCUCUCCCCCAACGCCCUGCGCAUCCUCGACAGUCUCGACGUCUACCAAAGCAUACGCACCCAAGGCCACGAAUUCAACGACCUCCAUUUCCGCACAGAAGACGACUCUCCCCUCGACAGCUACGAGUUCGGCUCAGAGGAGAAAUACGGGUACAGGGCGCUGCGCAUCUACAGGAAUAUUUUCAUCCGUGAACUUUCAACCCGUGUUCAGGAUGCCGGUGUGCCCAUUCUCUACAAUAAAAAGUUCUCCGCUGUUACCGAGGAAACAUCCUCUACUGUGACUUGGUCGUUUGACGACGGAAGCACAGUGACUGCGGCAGUCCUCGUCGGCGCCGACGGGAUUCAUUCCAAAGUGAGGAAAUACCUCUAUCCAGAUUUAGAGCCGGUGUUCACCAAGGCCAUGGGUGUUUCGGCCGCGGUGCCGACGGCGCAGCUGAACCUUCCGUCAGGGUAUAACCUGCCCACGACGAUUAUGAACAGAACGCACGGGGCUUUCGUAAUUGCGCCGCAAAAGGCCGAUGGGUCGGAGGUGUUUAUUGGACGGCAAAAACGUGCUCCGGAACUGGAUCGGGAUGGGUGGAAUGCGCUGCUUAAUGAUAAGGAGUGGUGCAUUGAGUAUCUGCGCAAGGAUAUCGCCUCCUUCCCAGCUGUGGCACAGAAUGCGGUCUCGGAGAUUAAGACCGAGACAAUCAAUCUAUGGCCGUUUUAUGUUGUCCCUAAGCUUGAGAGGUGGAGUUCGCGUCAUGCGAGGGUGAUUAUCCUUGGGGAUGCGGCGCAUGCGAUUCCGCCUACUGCGGGCCAGGGGAUUAAUCAGGCGUUUGAAGAUGUGUUUACCUUUGCUUUGAUCAUUGGCCGUGUAAAGGAGGAUUUCCAGCGGGGGUUGAAGAUUUGGCAAAAGGGACGGCAGGAGAGAGUCGACAGGGUUUUGGCGUUGAAUGCUCAGAUUGAUAAGAGGAGGAUGCCCAGGGAUUCGCUUGAUCAGGAGGAGCAUGAAUCUUUUGAGCUGGGGUGGCUGUAUGGCCCUGACUUUGGGGAGAUGGUGGAGGGCUGGCUGGCUGGGGAGUUGUAGUUAUUCACUGUCACCUUUGUUGUAUUAUUUGAUUUUAUGCAAUGAGUAUAUUUUGCCUUCGCUAUAGUCUGAGCAGCAGUACAACGCCACUUUAACAGUCAAAGAGCAUCUCAUGUAGUGCACGUCGAUUAUGAAAGUGGCACACUGCUAACCAGCCAUAUGGCCUCCGGUGGAACAGUCAGACUGAUAGCAGACCCUGAACCAGCUUAGCAGUGCCAACCAAGGUAUGAA